UCAUUCAUUGGUAAGAAAUGCGUUAUCCUUUCUAGCGGGAAGAAACGGUUGGAGGUUGACACCGUCAACAACAACAAUGGUGUUGGCAUGUUCUGCUACGCUUUCUUCCACACUAUUGUUUCAAAAGUCUGUUCCUUUGACUUCUCAAAUUUCAGGAACAGCAUUUGGUUCCUCUUUCCUGUUCAGGAGAGAGAAUGGCUCUGUUGUUCCACUUCUUGUCGUGUGUCAUGCUAAGAAGAAACUCGGUUUUAUGGACCAAAUUCUUGAUUACAUUGAAGGGGGUCCCAAAUUAAGGAAGUGGUAUGGUGCACCUGAUAUCCUUGAAAAAGAUGGUACUGCCAUAGAAGAUGACGAGGAUGAUUAUCCGGAAGAUGAGGUCAGGGAUGCAGUGCUGGUAACAGAUGGAGAUAGUGAGAUGGGUCAGAUGGUGAUAUUGUCACUGAUUGUGAAAAAAGCUCGAGUAAAGGCACUGGUGAAGGAUAAACGAGUUGCACUUGAAGCCUUUGGAAGUUAUGUUGAGUCAAUGUCAGGAGAUACAAGUGACAAUCGGUUCCUCAAGAAAGCUCUGAGAGGAGUUCGCACAAUCAUAUGCCCCAAUGAGGGUUUUCUUUCUAGCGUUGGGAGCCUUCAAGGGAUACAACAUGUAAUUGUCCUAUCUCAGUUGUCAGUUUAUAGUGGUAAAAGUGGUCUUCAAUCCAUGAUGAAAAGCAAUGCAAAGAAACUGGCUGAGCAAGAUGAAUCAAUAUUGAAGACCUCCGGAAUCCCUUACACCAUAAUUAGGACUGGUGCAUUACAAGACACGCCUGGUGGGAAACGAGGCUUUACCUUUGACGAGGGUUGUGCAGCUAGAGGAAGCAUAAGCAAAGAAGAUGCUGCCUUUGUUUGUGUAGCAGCCUUGGAUUGUGUCCCACAAACUGGAUUCACAUUUGAGGUGGCCAAUGGGGAUAACAAAGUUUCAGAUUGGAAAGAUUGUUUGGCCACAUUGAUGGAGAAAGCAAGUCAACAACUUCAGUGACUAUUGACAGUGUAUCACUAUUUAAUUCUUUGUGUGAAGGCUGGUCUCAAAUGGGUUUGUAUUUCACGAGAGGAAGAAGAGCCUUGUGCUUUUCUUUACUUUCCAGUGAUCAAAAUUGUUACUUGGAAAGGUUAAUACGAGACUCCUAUAAAUUAAUUUAUAUCAAACCGAUUUUUCAUUACA